UAUAUUAUACAUACAAACUUAAAAACUUAGAAUUGAUAUAUAGAUAGAUUGAAAUGAGGUGCAAGAAGCACACCACCGAUCUCACAAGCAUAAACGGCGUGUGCGCUUCUUGUCUCCGAGACCGAUUAUUAAAACUAAUCGCAGCUCAAGAAGAAGCUGAAGCCGCCACGAAAUCGUCAUCAGCUCGUCCGCCUACGUCACUUUCACCACAUGUAACACCACGUCGUAAAUCCGACGUGACGACUUCAGUUUCACAUGUUCCACGUCCAUCUUCCGACAACCAACGGUUCUAUAAUUCGCCACAGAUAGCUAUUUCCACCACCGGUUGUAUCGGAACCACCACGUCGCGUCGGAACAAUAAAAAAUUAGUCAAAUUCGCGACGUUUCAGAAUCUAUUCAGAUCUAAUAACAACACAAAUUCGAAUAUUCCGACGCCGUCUUCUUCUUCGUCUUCAUCGGCGACUACAAGGAUAAGGAAUAAUCAUAAUCAUCAUAAUCGGCAGCGGUGUGUACGGAACAGAGGUAUGUCACCGGUGAGAUUAUCCGAUGAUGACGAGGAGGAUGAUGACGUCGAUGAUGACGUGUCAAGUGAAUAUGAAUCUAUUGAUACAGACACUUACAAUUCGUGUAAGCAAACACCGAUGAAAACGAUCCGACGUGGCAAUAAUAAUAAGAGUGUUUCUGAGAUGAUUUUUUGUUUGAGUCCGUUGGUUAGAGCCAAUCCUAAUCGGUUAUGGAAAGGAAGGCCGGCGGUUGACGGAAACAGUGACGUAAGAAUUCCGGUGGUGCCGAAAUUGGCUUAUACGAAGUCGUUUUGUGCAAAUCGAUCACGCAAACUUGCUGAUUUUGGAAGGUCUGAUCCCAACCGUUGAUUUAUUAACCGUUUCUUUUUACCUUUGACUAAGUCACGGAUGGCGUUGACUUCAUAUAAAAGUACGAUACUGCUCAUGGUAUUUCUGUAUUUGUAAUAUUUUUUUAACUUUAAUUAUAUAUAUAUCUAUU